UAGGCCAAGUGAUCUAGAUUAAUAAGGAUUCUGGUCCAUUCCUACCCUCAAGGCAUAUAUAUAUCAUUGGCCAGCUCGGACUAACCCCUGAAAGUCCCACUGGGCUGUAGCUAGCGGCCCCGAUUUAGCAAGGAUAUUCUGCAUAUCAAGAUAUCUCUCAUAAGCUCCCGUCGUCUCGGCCGCAGGUAUUCGCACCGAAAGUCAAUUGACACCUUAACGAAGAUACGCGAGAAAGCAAAUCACUCUCAGUGGAUCGCUCGGAUUCGACCCUCUUGUGAAACACCGGCCACGUCCUUUCUCAUUCUGUCUAUACCUAUGCCUCGAAAAGGUAGUCGGAAAGUUAGGACGGGCUGCCUGACCUGCAAAGCACGCAAGGUGAAAUGUGAUGAAGCGAAGCCACAUUGCAACCGGUGUAUCAAUAGCGGCCGCACGUGCGAGGGUUAUGUCUCUAAACCAACCCCUGGGCUGCUCUGGCAUCGGCCGCGCCAGCUAUUCCAAAGUAUCGAUAGCGCGAGCGAAGGGAGGGCCCUACAAUACUUUUGCGAGCAGACGGCUCAGUUCUUAUCAGGCGCAACAGAUCCAUACUUCUGGACCCAUCUAGUCAUGCAGUUCAGCAACUUCGAGCCAGCGGUCAGACACUCUGUGGUUGCUAUCAGCUCGUUAUAUGAACAAUUUCAAGACAAGUCCGCAUCUCACUCAGAUGUUCAACUGAAAGACAACAGCCUUGCGCUACAACAUUAUAAUGCUGCUAUCCGCGAGCUGAAAACGACAGAUAAUCAACCCCUGGUGCUACUGGUCUGUGUCCUUUUUAUCUGCAUCGAGUUUCUGCAAUCCAACAAAGAAGCAGCUAUUCAACAUUGCAAACAUGGUAUCGCAUUAUUGGAAAAUACCAAUUAUGCAUGGGCUAGAGAACACUUAGUUCCUGUUUUCCGACGCUUAAGUGUCUUUCCGUAUUUUUUCGGAGUUGGGAGUGCAGACUUCCCCGAUUUAGUCUUCGUGAACGAACCUCUGCCAGAAACAUUCAAUACUUGGGCCGAUGCUCAAACGGCCAUGGACAGCAUAAUGAGCCGGACUCUGAAACUGGUGAGAGGGGGUGACAUGUACCGAUUUGGAAGUUCAAGAUAUAGGAAAAUACCAACUGAACAACUGAGAGAGCAAGAGGAGAUUGGAUACCUCUUAGACAAAUGGCAACUAUUGUUUCAGGGCCUAGACUCUCGGUCAAUGUUACCAACUAAUACGUCUGUAGCCGAAAAGUAUAAGCUCGGAGUGGAUUUCAUCCAAGCGAUGUCGCGUAUCGUUCUCUCAGUACGCUAUGAGACUUGUCGAAUCUGGUUAAACAUAGCUUUCGAGGCCAACGAGAUAUGUUACGAUUCGCAUCUCGAUAGUUUCCGACGAAUGCUUGAUUCUUGCUUACUGCUUGACGCCGCGAUCCCUCACUCUUCUCGGACACCACCAGCCAAACGCACUCCGCGAUUCAUUUUCGAAACGGGUUUCACGCCGAUGAUGCACUUUAUGGCAACGAAAUGUCGCGAGUACAGUAUAAGGCUGGAAGCCUUACGAUUAAUAAAAGAAUUGGGAGUUCCGCGAGAGAACUUGUGGGAGGUUGAUCAGAUGUUCGCAAUAGCUCGACGAGUUAUCGAAAUAGAACAUGGCGUCUCGUUAAAUGAUCUUGGACAACCCGUUACUACACCAACAUAUCCUAAUUUUCCACCUGAUGAAAAUAGGAUACGGUACACCCCAACAGAACCCAAGGCAGCUGUGUAUAUUGACCAAAGUGGCAAGGAGAUACGGGGAUGGUCCGUGGGCUUCAUCAUGCCAGGUCAUCAUGAUAAUUACUCUAUUCACAGCGAAUUCAUCGCCGCCUAGACCCCUCGAUCUUUUAUUUAAUGUUGGUUCCAGCCAACAUUCCAACUCGGGGGUUAUAGCUUAUGAAGAGCCAAGUAGGACUGGGUUUCCUUAGAUACCCGAGUUUGUUUCCAGUCCGGUUCCGGCCAAACUAUUCAUCAAAGAGAUGAAAUAAAAUUUAAUUUUAUCAUAUCAUCAUACGUGAUAAGUUCUGUCUCGUAUACAUCCCUCCACGAUCUUAUGUCUCUCACUUUCCGUCCUCAUCAAGAUGGCAGAGUAUCAAACUUCGCGCUUACUAUUACUAAUCGUAAAAAAGAUAAAGCUCUUUUGUGCUUCAAACCCCGUGAUAGGAAAAUACUUAGGUAGACAAAGCGGCCACGAAAUAUCAUGGAUUAUACCGACAGCUAGGCAACUUUAUCAUCCCUGAGGCCUGGUACUGGUCUAACAAUGCAUUGGCACAAACUGGUAUCUUUAUUACUGCAGGAUUGCAAACAAAGAAGUAAAAUAUGUUCUUUAACACAAUAGACAUCAGAAGAACUUAGGUAUAUUUACCUCGGCAAGUGGAUCGGGUUUAAAUAGGCAUAAGAGAACUAUCACUGGCUGGAAGUCCAUGGUUCUCAUUUCUCUUCACUGAUGAUUUGAAGAUUUUUAUGAAAGAUGAC